AUUACCACGCCUGUGGGUUGGCAGUUCUUAAAGUUUAGCUACUCUGCAAAUAACUACAGAGCACAAUAGAGUCCCCCUCCCUUCCUCUCUCUCUCUCUCUCUCCUUUUUUUUUUCUUUUCCUGUUCCUGCUUCCAAACGCCUUCUUCUACGAGGCUGAAGCUGGGCAGGUCUCCAAAGGCUCAGCAGCCACAACAAUCCCGCAGUUCAAAGUUAAGCAGCAGUUGCACAACUUCCAGAGCUCUCUCAGCGCUCCUAAUGAGCUGAAAGCCAGGAACAUCCGAGGAAGUGAAGAGCAGCUUCCAGCCCUCCUCCCUUCAGCCUAGAAGCCCAGAUCCGGCCCCAGCCCCGGAUCCCUUUGAGGUACUGUCCUAGAAACCUGCUUGCCAGACGGACCAUGGCUCCUUUUGGAAGAAACUUGUUAAAGGCUCGGCAUAAAAACAGAUCUCCAACUAAAGACAUGGAAUCUGAAGAGAAGGAAAUUGUGGUUUGGGUUUGCCAAGAAGAGAAGAUUGUCUGUGGGUUGACUAAACGCACCACCUCUGCUGAUGUUAUCCAGGCCUUGCUGGAGGAACACGAGGCUACUUUUGGAGAGAAACGAUUCCUGCUGGGAAAGCCCAAUGACUACUGCAUCAUCGAGAAGUGGAGAGGCUCAGAACGGGUUCUUCCUCCACUAACUCGAAUCCUGAAGCUUUGGAAAUCAUGGGGAGAUGAACAGUCUAAUAUGCAAUUUGUUUUGGUGAAAGCAGAUGCUUUUUUCCCCGUUCCCUUGUGGCGGACAGCUGAAGCCAAAUUAGUGCAAAACACAGAAAAACUGUGGGAGCUCAGCCCAGCAAACUACAUGAAGACGUUACCACCGGAUAAACAAAAAAGAAUCGUUAGAAAAACAUUCCGGAAAUUGGCUAAAAUCAAGCAAGACACAGUCUCUCAUGAUCGUGAUGAUAUGGAGACAUUAGUCCAUCUGAUCAUCUCCCAGGACCAUACUAUUCAUCAGCAAGUUCAGAGAAUGAAAGAAUUGGAUCUGGAAAUUGAAAAAUGCGAAGCCAAGUUCCACCUUGAUCGUGUAGAAAAUAAUGGAGAGAAUUACGUUCAGGAUGCAUAUUUAAUGUCCACUGUCAGUGAAGUUGAGCAGAAACUAGACUCGCAGCCUGAGGAAAAUCAGACUCUGGAGGACCUGAGUGAAAGUGAUGGAAUUGUACAGUUGGAAGAGCGUCUGACAUAUUACAGAAUGCUCAUUGAUAAACUCUCAGCUGAAAUUGAAAAAGAGGUGAAAAGUGUUUGUAUUGGAAUAAAUGAAGAUCUUGAAGGGGCAGCUGCAGGUGAACUUGAAAGCCCUGAUUUAGGUAGUGUUAAGUGUGACUUGGAGCAAAGCAUGAAAGCUGGUUUGAAUAUCCAUUCUCACUUGAGUGGCAUCCAGAAAGAGAUCAAAUACAGUGACUCAUUGCUUCAGAUGAAAGCAAAAGAAUAUGAACUCCUAACCAAGGAGCUGAAUUCCCUUCACAUUAGCAAAAAAGAUGAAUGCCAUUUAAAGGAAAACGGAGGGAAGGAAUCUGAGGUUCCGUGCAACAGUGAGGAGACACCUCCCUCUACCCCAAAGGUCUUUAAUGGGUACACAAAUGACACAGACUCAGACACUGGUAUCAGCUCUAACCACAGUCAGGACUCAGAAAUAACUGCGGGAGAUGAGGUGCUACUGUCAACAUAAUUCAGAUGGUUUCCUUCUGACCUGCUUUAAUGCUGUCUGUAUUUGUGUAAUUUAUAUGAAACUAUUGCAAAAACACCUUUCCAAAAAAAUGGCAAACCAUGUUAAAAAUAUUCAGUAGGUAAAAAAAGUAGUCAGGUUUUCUUUCUUUUUUGGUAUAAGAUUUUCAAUGUGGUUUUAUUAUAGGUUGAAGCAAUGAGUUAUUUAUUAGGAAUGCAGCAGAUCCAGCUUAUCAGUGUAGCACACAGAACUAAUUUAAUGGGAAUUAUUUGAUAAUCUCAUAUUUUCUAUGGGGAAUGAUUUAUAUAAAUUUUAAAACAUUUCUUAAUAUUGCAAAAAUAUCGAAACUAUGCACAUGAAGAAGUAAUAGCAAAAUGUGUUAUAUCUUUUCUCCAAGAUUAUGUCAUUAGAAUAUUUAUAUCUGUAAAGUAUGUAACAGGUACUGUGUUGUAUAUCUGCCUUAAUUCAAGUCUUGGUUCUUUUAAUACUUACGUUGUACAAUCUAUCAUGUCUAUAAUUUCCUGAGUGCUUCUACCUGUUUAUGCCUACAUGACAGGUGGCUGUUGGGACAUGUCCAAGUUCUGGCAGUGGGUCAGAGUAGGUAUAGAUGAGGCAAAGCCAAGUGCUUCAUAUAAACAUUUUUGUUUCCUGGAAGACGUACCAUUAUUAAGAGCUUUGUAUCAGCUUUUGCUACUUGGAAAUUGAGAUCCUUUGGUCAAAUCAGUGUUAUAUGAGGGUUUUAGCUUAGAGGUACAGUGUGAGUUAGAGGAAAUCAGUUGCAGUCUUUUUCAUUUAUGCUUGUCUACAUAAGUGAAGUGAUAAAAUUUGAAGUUGCUUGUGUGGGUAAGAUAGUAUUCUACAUGCCAUCAUUAUUAUCAAUUUGUCUCUGAAUGCAUGGAAGGAUAUGCGCAUGGACAGAAGAUUUAUUCUGGUGUACUAUAUUUUAGAUUGUCUUCAUAGCACUUCAGCCAAAAUGCUUAAAUAAGUUUUGUGCUUUCAGAAAUACUAACAACAUUUCAGGCAUGCUAGUAAAAGCACAAGAAAUUGAAUAGAUUAUUGAGGUUCUGCCUUGACUGACAGUCAUUCUGGUGCCAGAUUAUACUUGGUUUUCCUUGAUGUUUUAAGAAUUUUAUUUCUCCUCCUUUCCUUUUUUCCUUCCUUUCAUCUUGUUCACCUCCCUGUCUGUCUUCCUCUUUUGUCUUCUCUCCCUCUCCCCAUCUCAUUUCCAUUAUUUCCCCCUUCCUUCCUGCCAGUGAACAAGUGAUUUAAUCAUAUUGGAAUGAAUCUUAUUCCUUUAUUGUACUGGUAAGUGAGUACUGCUGCAGUUUAUUGGUUUUUUUUUUUUUUUUUUUUCCUUUAACUGGUUCCUUUCUUGUAUGUCUGGAUAUGUAAAUAGAAACAUAUUUUAUGUAGGCUUUAUAUGUGAAUACAGGUUAAGAUUCCUAGUGUUUCAUGUUUCUUGCCUUUUUAUUCAUUACUGUAGUGAGAUUCACACUUAUUUUUCAAUAUUUGAAAAUAAUUAUUAACAAUUUUAUUGAUAACUCAGAACUCUUCAUGUUCUUAAUCUCUUUAUUCAUUCUUCCCUCUCUCCCUCAUUUUUUAAUGACCUUUGAGAAGAUAUUUAGAAUUUCCAUGUUUCAAUUUUGGGAAUUAUCUGUGUUCUACUUUUUUUGAACCACAAUUUUUCCAGGCCAUAUUUGAAGUUGGCUGGUAAGCAAAAUAGUAAUUUUUAUCCCAUGAAAUUAUAGUGGUAAAUAAUAAGUAACAAUACCAUUGGUUAUAUUUUUUAAGAGAGGGAAUUGAAUAAUCAUUUGUGAAAGUUUAUGUGCCUAAUAGCCCAAUAAAUCAUUAAACAAAAUGGUAAGACAGUGACAUAGUCAUUGUUCUCUACUAGGAUUAAACUCAGAAGAUAAUAAUAAAUGAUAAACAAUUACAAUGUUGUUUUUCUAAAGUGAAAGUAAUCUCCUUGGAUUACUCUUAUGUUUUGUCAGAAAAUAAAGGAACAAUGCUUAUCUCUUUAUGUAAUUUAAUUAAUUGAUUUCAAAAGUGGUUUUUAUAAGAAUGGACUAUGUUUUCAUGCUAUUGAAAAAAAAUCACCCAGUCUAAGGGCUAAUUAUAUAUUUUAUAGUAAAGAAUAAAGCAAGACCACUGAUUUUAAAUUCAUUUUAAAAUUUCUAUUUGAUUUUAGUUAUUAAAAUGUUUGUGUUUUUUGGUCAUUGCAAUAUCAAAUCAUUCAAUUAAUAUGGUGAAUCUCUAAUUUAGAAUUAUGUAUUAUUACAUAAUUAAAAUAAUGUGCUCCCAUGCCUAGAUACUAGUUAUUCAUUAUUGAGAAUCACAGUUUUAAAAAUGCACUUCAUAAAAAUUUUAAUAUUUUUAUUAUCUGUAGAAACUUUAAAAUAAAGUCUUUAUAAAUUCUGAAAUAACCAGACAAGUUAACUGUGAAAUAGCUUUAUGCAGCUAGAAGAAGCAAACCAAAGCUGAUGUUCUUCAUUUCCUUAGACAGACCUCGAUUUUGCCAGGUAGAGCUUUGUUCGUCCCUCCAUCGGGCCACUGGUUUUUCUCUCCAUACACCGUACACCACAAUGCUACCCAUCUUAGUGCUUCAAUGUGACUUUUUAUGAAACAGUUUUGUUAUAAUCUCUUGUCUCUAGGCCCACAGAUACUUGAGAUAUGCUUCUCAUUUACCUUACCAUUUAUAUUUUACCUUAGGUAAAAUGGGCUGAUCCAAUGCCCCUCCUCUAACGGAUUCUUGGCAUAUUACUUCAUUAUCUAUCUUACUGAUUUCGCUCACUUCUCCUGCUUUUUUACCUUCUAAUAGAUUUGAAUUGAAUGGCUACAUUGUAGAUUAGCAACAUCUUUGUACAUUUGUAACAUCCUAAAUGAUGUUUGUGCAUUUUGUAUGUAAAUACGUAUUUUAGCAGAUUUAAAACAUUAAUAGGAAUUCUAUAAAUUUUGAGGGGUAGGCACUAAAUUUUAAUGUUUCUUGGAAUUGCUUUUAAAUGUGCAUCAUUUUGAAAUAAUUGACAAUAAAAUUUUACAUAAUUA